CAGGGCCACCAGCAGCAGGUCCAAGAGAAGGGCGAAGAGCAGGUUCAUGAGCACCUCGCGCCCGGCCCAGCUGUCACUCCUGGCCAGGCAGUAGAGGGUCCCCAGGAGCCAAGGGAUGCCGUGUCCCGAGAUCUCCAGCAGCUUCAUAAGGGGCCGCAUGCUACCCCAGGACGAGCUCUCCCCGGCGCACACCCCCAGCUUCUUGGACAGCCACAGGUCGAUUGCUAGCAGGGAGCGCAGGGCGAUGCCUAAGAAGGACGGAUUCAGGUCCAUGCGGUCUUCCUCGGGCAGCGGGAUCGGGGCUGCCUGCGAGGGGCCCGCCCCGGCCAAGGGGAAGGAGCCGCGGCGGUGCACCGGGCUGUCGGACGCGCGGAGCCGGGCGCAGAUUUCUUGCCCAGGGGUAUUCCUUCCUGACAAACAAGAUGUGUACCUUGGGGUGUACCUCCUAAAUCAGUACCUGGAGACGGACUGCUUUCCCUCUGUGUUCCCUAUUAUGAUUCAGCAGAGCAUGAGGUUUGAAAAGGUAUUUGAAAAUGCAAUAGAUCCUGGGGCUGUAGCAGACAUUUUAGAAAGCUUCCUAACCAGGUUUGAAUUAAUACAGCUAGUACCUCCAGUAUGGGAGGAGUUGGCCUGCUAUGAAGAAAACACACGGGAUUUCCUUUUCCCUGAACCCAAGCUGACACCUUCGCUCCCUGGGAUGUGCCGGGAGGUGCUCAUGAAGACAAUCGCGGGGUUUCCAGGCAUUGCUCCCAAAAUAGAGUUUUCUACAAGGACAGCCAUCAGAGAACGUGUGUUUCUACAAAGAAACAGAUUUCCUGAAGAAAGAUAUAAUAACUCAGGAAGGCCUUUAUCUGCAACAGAUGGACCCAAACUCCCCUUAAAUAAUACGAAGAGGAAGCCAAAGGACAGUAAUCUCAACAGACUGCCCCAAAGCAUGCAAACCCGCGUUCCCUCUCCCGUGUCCGCCCGACGCUGCUUUCACGACCAGCCUGCUCAGCUGAACCUUGGAAAUAACAUCAGGCUCUCCGGGGGAAGCAAACCUCCAUUUGUAGUGAGACAUGUGGACAGUGCAAAGCCUUUUGGCGAGAAUAUUUCAGAGUAUCAGUCCCGAAAGUCGAGAAGAAAACUUAAGUUUUCCAACUUGCCUUUUCCGGGGAGAAGAGCUGCUUCUCUUGACAGCCUUGCCGCUAACGUAAAGGUUAUCAAAGAGCCAGAUGAACGGAUUGUUUUAAGGAAAGAAUCAUCGUCACCCUUCGAUUCAAGUAAGUUCGGAAAACCCUCGCCCAGUUACAGUAACCAUGGGGAUGCCGAUUUCCUCAGGGAAGCUUCGCUUGCCACCUCCCAGCAUUCCAGAUCCGCCAGCCCUCUUCUGGAUGAGCCCCUUCUCUGCGAUGAAAGGUUCCGCCCUUGCUCUCAGUCCUCCUGGAGGAAGAUCCAUGAAAGGGUGUGCAGUCUCCUGACAUCCCACAGAGCUCAGCAAAACCUGCACAAGGAAUAUUCUGUCUCUGGAGCAAAGUAUAUCAUCGAAAGACCAAGCUACCUGGUGAAGGCAUACCCAGUGCAUGAACAGAGAUAUUUUUAAGCUGCUGUCUUUUGUGUGAAACUUCCAGCUGCACAAGGGAACCUGAAGGAGAGUGGGAGGAG